AUGCCAGAGAGACAGGCCCACAAAGAUGAACGCAAGGCGGAAGAGAAGCGGCACGUAGAAGCAGAGGCGGAGACAGAGAAGGCGAGUCACGUCGGAGCCAAGACGACAACUUUAACAUUGGCAGAGGAGGCGCGGAGACGUGAACAAGACUCAGAUAGUGUGAUGGCCUCAUCAUAUAUUGUGAGGGGAAAAACAUAUGCAGAUGCGGUGUUACUGCCUCCAGUGGCACCGCCAAAGAAGAAGCAAAUCCUACUUGCGUUUUGUGGAUGCGAGAGUGCUGCGAAUUUCAGACAACUGAUCCAAGCUUUCUUGAGAUGGGCCGAGGUAAAAGUCAUUGUCACAAAAUCAGCAAAGAAAUUUGUUAAACCACCAUUCCCAGACGAGGUGCCCGUGUAUAUGGACAAUGAUCAGUGGAUCUUGUGGGAGAAAAAAGUGGCUGUAUGCCUUCAUGCUGAGCUUUAUAUGUGGGCUGAUGCCAUGGUCAUUGCUCCAUUAUCUGUACAUGCCCUUGCAAAGAUUGCGGGAGGGUUUUGUGACACUUUGCUAACAAGUGUUGUGAGAGCAUGGAACUGCGUAAGAAAGCCAUUGUUUGUAGUACCAUCCAUGGACCCUUUGUGGAAGGAAAAUUAUACCACAUUGAGAAACUAUAUUUCCCUUCAUGAACUUGGGAUCCUUAUAAUCACACUGUUAAUUCAGAAGAAAGAUGGGAAACUGCCUGAACCUGAUGAGAUUUCCAAAUUUGUGAGAGAUAAUAUAUGGUGCAUUUGA